CCAACUCACCGACGCAUCAACUGUUUAUACAUUCAUUCUUUCCAUUCUUUCCAACUCACCGACCCAUCAACUGUUUAUACAUUCAUUCUUUCCAACUCACCGACCCAUCAAACUGUUUAUACACUACACCGUCUACCUCUUUGAUUAGAGGAUGCACUCUUGUUGAUCGAUUACUUCUCGUCGCCGGCUCGUCGCUCAUUUAUUGGUUUGUUACUUACGGCGAAAGGGGAACUAUUCACCCGACUACUACUACGUUCUGUGAACAGACACAAGUGUUCUUCCAUCUUCACCACUUCGCGGCGCUCCUUAUUCAAAAAGAGAAGAACCCCACAAACCGUGUCCUGCGGACCGAACAAUCAUCACAACCCAGGACCACAUCCGAACAAUCAUCACAAUGGUCCACCAACACCACCGUCACCUCCACGGCGCCCGCGACUUCAGGGACUUCUUCGACGACCUAGGCAACGCCGUCGGCCUCGGCAACCAAGCCACGGCCGCAAAGCGUGAAGGCAGCACCCGCUACGUCUACGUUACCCAGUCCCCAACCUUCACCGACCCAAUCGCCGGCUACUCGACCUCCCUACCCGGCGGCGGCGACCCAACACCCACCACCCCCGUCCUCCUCGACUCGCCCACGCCGAAGCCGACUCCCAAAUCCACCGCUCACACCAAGGCAUCCACAACCGCCCAGAAGCCAAAGACGACGCCCACACCGACCUCCUUAUCGGGACUCCCCGAAUCAAUCGUCCCCAGCUCCACCGUUAACACCAACUCGGUAGUCCUGAUCGCCUCCCAAACAGAAGCGACAUCCGAAACCCCAACCCCAACCUCCUCCCCCUCCUCCACCCCCUCCGUCAUCCCCUCCACCGCCCCAAGCGGCAUGACCGGCGGCGCCAAAGCUGGGUUGGCUAUCGGAAUCAUCGUCGUGAUCGCCUCCAUCCUCUCCCUGAUAUUCUUCUGUCUCCGCCGGCGCAAGAAGGCCGAGGAGCGCGAACGCAUGGAUGACGAGAAAUUCACUAACGUCCCACCGCCCUCCGCUGCCGCCGCUGCUGGUGGUCCUGCCAGUAUGCGCGGCCUCAAGCGCCUGUCGACCGCGCCGCGCCUUGACGUCCGUCCUACGACUGCAUUCUUCAUGCCCAACCGCGCCAGCCAGGUGCAGAACCCCAACGCCGCUGGGAGUGGUAUUCAAAUGACCUCGCAAAACCGCGGCAUGGAGCAGAACCGCGCUAACCCCUUCGGCAACCACGCUGAAUCCAUCGAUCCCGUCAACGCCGGUGGUCCCUCCGUCGUCGACGGCGUGUCCGCUGCUGGUGUCGUCGCCGGCGCAGCUCCUGUUCGCAGCACCUCGCGCGGGGCGCAGAAUAAGUACAAUGGUAACAAGAAUGCGCAAUCCCCAUUCAGUGAUGCGGCCAGGACGGAUGGGAAUAGAGCCACGAACACGAGUCAGCAGAUGCACAACACCGGCGUGAUGCCGCAGCCGUUGGCGGGUGUGAUUGAGGAGUCCAGCAGUGGUCCGGCGUCGCCGGUUUCGCCGGCUGCUGCGGCGGCGGUGGUUGGUGCGGGUGGUGCGGCGAGUAAUGCGAAUUUGUAUCGUGUGCAUCUUGAUUUCUCGCCUUCGAUGCCGGAUGAGUUGAAGGUUAGGGCGGGCGAGAUUGUGAAGUUGUUGAAGGAGUUUGAUGAUGGAUGGUGCAUGUGCAUCAAAGAAGACGGCUCCUCCGAGGGCGUCCUCCCCCGAACCUGCAUCUCCAACUCCCCCAUCGCCGCCCGCCGCUCCCCCUCCAACAAGUCCAACAAACCCGUCCCCGGCCCCUUCCAGAACGAUCAGCGCCGCCACUCUCCCACCGGAUCCAACGCCCCUCUCUAUCCUUCCUACCAAAACCAAGGCCCCAUCCAGAACCAGCAGCAACAGCAAGGCCCGAACCAAGGCAUGAACCAGAACCGCGCCGGUCCACCAAUGAACGGAAAUGGACGUGGCCCGCAGUAUCGCCCUCAACAAGGCCCGAAUGGUCAGGGAAGACCACAGCAGGGACGUCCUCAGGGUCCGAAUCAGGGGGGGAGACCGAUGUCUCCGGCUAUGUCAGCCAACGGACGUAACUCACCUGGUCCUGGGAAUUACGGGCCAGGUCCACAAUACCGGCCCCAACAAGGCCCGGGACCGAUGUCGCCUGGUAUGAACCGUGGUCCUCCACAACAAUCUCAGCAAGCGCAGCAGCAACAGCAGGGACCGUCCAGCCCGCCUCCACAUGCUAUCUCUUCGCCUUCUUCGUCUGCGGCGACGGUGGGGAGUUCGAGUCCAGUAGCUGCGGCGGUGCCACUACCGAGUAGCCCCGCCCUCUCGCAAGAGGGCAGUGGGUUCAGCAUUCCGGAGGUUACUAUUACUGCGCCGACAGGACCUGCGGCUCCGGCGGUGGUCGUGGAGAGGAAACCGGUUGGUGUGGGGAGGAAACCUGUUCCAGGGAACUAGAGGGGUGAUGUGAUGAGUUGAGAUGGUGGUGAUUGAUGGAUGAGAUGAGUGGGAGUUUGUGGAUGGAUGAGGUGGUGGGAUGGUGUAUGGUGUUUUUUUACUCAACUCUCGUCGGCUACUAUCUGUGUGGCUGGCUGACGUUCUUCUCUACUCCUUUUUUGUUGUUCCCCCGACACAACCUUUUUUUUUUUUUUUUUUUUUUUUUUUUACUUUGUUUCCAACCAUUAUGAAUGGCUUUCUUCGCGCAUUUUGUCGCUCCUAUUUUUUUUUCUUCGGAGAUGAUGAUGUUUGUUGUUCGAUUCUUGGGGGGUGAUGGAUGUUUAAUGUCUUUGUAUCUCGGAUGAGUGAAGGGGGGAGGUACUAUUUUACUUAUUCUUUGUGGGGGAGAUGCGAUGGGAUCUUGUCGUGGUGUCUACAUGCCGCUAUAUGUCUUAUCGUAUCUCUGAGAGAGGCUGGGGACCUUAGUUUUUUUUUCGUUCUUGAGGUUGGCAUGGGGUUGGCUUUUAUUUGCUGUGUGGGGGAAGGGGGAGAAAAGGGGGAGAAGGAGAAGAGAGAAGAGGAGAGAAGUGAAAAGGGGGUGAUAGGGGAGAGAUAGGAGAUAGGAGAAGUAGGAGAGAAGGAAAGAAGUCUUGUCGAUUACCC